GAGGGCAGUCACGUGGCGGCCGCUGUUCUUCCGGUGCGCCAUGGCGGGUCCUUCGGCUGCUUUGUGGAGGAGUCGCCUGGGCGACUUCAAGCGGUUCCCAGGCAAACACCGCCCGAUCAAACCGAAGCUGCCGCUGGUGCUGGCCGACCGCGUCUCGAACCGGCGCCUGAAGCUCGGAGAGGCAAGCUGUAUUACAGAGAUGGCGUUGAUGAUGGCUUGCUGGAAGGCAAAUGAGUUCAGUGACAGUGCUUGUGCUAAGGAAAUUAAUACAUUCUUUGAAUGUACAGCAAAAGCAGAAGCAAAGCGAAAGGAGAAAAUUCCGGAAGAAUCUUUAGGAAGUCUUGAUUCCCAUCAAGCCAACAAACUACUUGGACGGUUCCCAAAUAUUACACACUUUUAUUAAAGAAAAUUGUUUUCCCAAAUAUCUGGUUAGUAAAAUCUGAACUUAGGUCAACUUUGGAAAAAUUCCCCCCUUGUGAAAACUGAGGAGAAAUACUCUUCAGUAUUUUAUAGGUGACUUUGUCUAAAAAGAUCUUCUGCCAGUAAGACGAAAGCUUAAAGUUCCUCUGAUGUGAAGGUUCUUCAAGCAGAAGUCUUGCUUAAGAUGUUGUUCAGUUAUUGUUAUUUUGAGUCUUGUGUGAAAUAAAAACUUACAAUGAAA